AUGGCGCUCGAUGCUUAUCAGAAAUACAUUUUUGAGGCAAGGGAUUUAAGUUUGGCUUUUAGGUUUGUCCUUAAUUUUGAUAUAUUACUUGAGCAGUUUUGCUUCAAUCUCUUUUCCCCAAAUGACCCAGGUGUAGGAGCUGCUCGGUCUGGAAACCUUACAUUUAUGGUGGGAGGAGUUGAAGAUGAAUUCGCUGCUGCCCAAGAGUUGCUGGGGUGCAUGGGCUCCAAUGUGGUGUACUGUGGAGCUGUUGGGACUGGGCAGUCUGCAAAGAUCUGCAACAACUUGCUGUUGGCUAUAAGUAUGAUUGGAACCGCUGAAGCUAUGAACCUCGGAAUCAGGUCAGGCCUUGACCCAAAACUAUUGGCUAAAAUCCUGAAUAUGAGCUCAGGACGAUGCUGGUCCAGCGACACUUACAACCCUGUCCCUGGGGUUAUGGCUGGAGUCCCCUCAUCUAAUAACUACCAAGGUGGAUUUGGAACAACACUCAUGGCUAAGGAUCUGGGAUUGGCUCAAGACUCUGCUACCAGCACCAAGACCCCAAUUCUCCUAGGAAGCGUAGCCCAUCAGAUAUACAGGAUGAUGUGUUCAAAAGGCUACUCAAAGAAAGACUUCUCAUCUGUGUUCCAGUAUCUACGGGAGGAGGAGCCCUUCUGACUGUGCCCUGUGGACAUGGACACUGUUAGGAACCAAACUCUGUCCUGAGCUUCCUUCUAGCUCACUCUAGAAGUAACGGGUUUAAUCAAAGGUCGUCUGUCUGCUUUUGAUUGUCUACAUUACAGCAAUCCCUGGGAAUUUGUAUCCACUUUAAAUGCUGCUGCUUCCAUCUGUUUAGCAAACACACCCAGUGGUUUCCACUAACUAGCCCAGUUGACCUUUUUAAAACCUUGAGCACCUUCAACAGAAUUGAGCAUUCUGAUCAGGAUAUUUUAUUUACUCCACUUUGCAAAGAAAACCAAAUGUGUCAACAAGAUGGAAUCCAUGGUAAAAAGGAAAGAAACCGGUUACAAAGACAAAUUACAGGGAAAUUUGUCCUGUUAACCACGUGCUAUUAUUCCUUCAUUCUGGGUUACUGACUAACUGUCCAGGGGCUGAGGGGUAAGACAGCCUGUUGACACUUGUCUUCCUGUUUGGAUUGUUACAGUAUCUUAGUGUACCCGCCUGUUACAGCUUCCACACUCAGCCAGCUUGCUUCUGUAUUUUUGCUUCCUGUAUAUUCUUACUACAUAUUUUUGACUCCAGAAAAUUGACACCUUUAAGACUGUUUCAGAGCCAAUGAUAUUUCCUUUAGAUAAUUAUUACAUUAUUCUAACUAUAGUCAUAUUAUUUUGGAUUUAAAUAAAUUUCUAUCCUGAUAACA